CUUCAUUUCCGACUUUUCAUUUGUAGUCAAAUAAUAUCUCAACAAGAAUAUUCGAAUUGUUGUUAUAAAAGAUGGAUUCCGAAUCUGAUAAUGAGUCUCUUGACUUUCUAUCUGUCAUUACCCCACCGCAAAAUUUUUUUGAUGAUGACUCAUCAAAUACAGGAUCAUCGAUUAUGGGUUAUGGCACAGACUCUGCAAUAACUACUUCUGAAGAAGCUUUCAACUGCUCUAAUGAAGAUUACAUGUGGCGUCAGUUUUAUUUCCCUUUCGGUGUUGAUGUCACUCCUACAAAUGAUGAUGACAAUGAGAAUAAGAGGUUGUUUCCUGCAUUUAAAUGCUUGAAAAUUGCAACUGUCCUUCUUUUACUAUACUUUGGGUACAAGAAAAUUAAGAAAGAAGGAAUGUCUUUCAAGUGGCUGGAUAUGUUUGGUUUUGUGAGUCGUUGGAGAAAACUAAACGGUUUUUAAAUAUUAAUUAUUAACAUAACAAAGAAAUAAACUAGAGGAAAAGUAUUUAUGAUUGAUAAGGAUUAUUUUAUUGAAAAUAUGUUUAUAUUAAGUACAAAUUAAUGAUCUUAAAAGCUACGAUGAGUCUUGAAAUAAGAAAUUCAGUAUAUUGUAGAUGUGAAUAUUUCAUCCAAGAUAUGAAAAAUCGCAGGGUUGCAUUUCCUAUAUUAGUCAAUACAGACACUGUCAAAAAAAAGGCAAUAAAAAAAAUUAAUAUUAUUCCAAAUAAUAAUA